CUUUACUUUAUGUACAUUCCCAUCCGCAGUGUGAUCAUAUUCGUACGUUCUAUCAAGUCCGGCCGCCUCCACUUGUACAUCCCGCCCCCACAGCCAGCCUUCCCCACUAAGCGUCCUUUUACCCGAGUAGCCUAUCCAGCAACGAUGGCGGACAAGGCACAUCUCGAACACCUCGCUGAAUCUAUCCAGCAAGCAGUCGUCUCCUACGACCCGAGUAAUCCCUCCAGUUGGAUGCCCAUCCAGGAUGCAAUGGAGAAACUGCGUCGGGCCACCGAGCCACCGGCGAUUUUCGUUAUGAAGCAACGGUUCCACGUACACGUGCCAUUUCUUCGCGACUGGGAAAUAACUAACCGCUCGACAAAGACCGUCCAGAAUAUUUGCCUCGUCGCCGCACUCGAAAUGGGCCUUCUCCAAACGCUAGCAGCCAGAAAAGGCGAGAAUGUGACGGCUUCCGAUCUGGCCCAGGCGUCAGGGUAUGACGAAGUUCUGAUCGCCCGCAUCAUGCGAUUGAUGACCGCCAUCGGAUUCGCCGACGAGACCGGAUACCAGACGUAUACCGCUAACCCGGUGACCAUCUGUCAGAGCGAGCCGGGAUCAAUAGGAGGCAUGAUUCUAUCAAACGAAAUGACCUACCCCCUAGCAAGCAAAAUCCGGGAAUACCUCCGCCAAAACAAACCAUGCGACAUGACCCAGACUCCCCCGCCCUACGACUUCGCUAUGGGCGAGACCGUCUGGGAAACAUUAACCAAGAACCCUGUGUGGAAAAAAGGUUUCGACGACAGUAUGACCGCUCGUAACAAAACCUUGUCGAUCCCGUGGCAUGUCAAAUUCCCGGUCCAGGAGCGACUUGCGGAGAGACAGUUGACUACACCGCCCGUCAUUGUGGACAUUGGAGGCAGCCAGGGGGUCGACCUGGAACGAUUUGUUCAGCAUUUCCCGGAUCUGGAGUGUGAAUUGAUUUUGCAGGAUUUGCCGGAGACGUUGGAGAGGAUUCCCGGUCCGCUGGAUUCGAAGGUCAAGCCUAUCGCGUAUGAUUUUUUCAAGGAGCAGAAGGUUCACGGAGCUGAUAUAUAUUAUCUUAAGUCCGUGCUUCAUGACUGGGACGAUGUCUCCUCGCAGAAGAUCUUGUCGAAUACCGCCAAAACAAUGAAACCGCACUCGCGACUCUUGAUCAAUGAAAUUGUCCUUGCCGAUACGAAUGAGGCACUGAUCAGGACCGACAUGGAUAUGUUGAUGUUGCUCCUGUGCAAUGGCAUGGAGCGUACCAAGACGCAAUGGACGGAACUGUUGGCCAAGGUGGAGCCCCCGUUGAAGAUUGUGGAGGUUUGAUCAGCGCCUGGAGAUCGGCAGAGCGUUAUUGAGGCUUGUUUACUAUACUAGCCUCAACAAAAUAUAUCAGCA